CAGGCGGGGCUGGGGCCGGAGCGAGGCCGCCGCGCCGCUGCUGCCGCAGCUGCUGCUCUGCAGAGCAGGGCCGGGAGCAGCGGCCGGGGCGCCCUCCCUCCCAUCUUCUCCCGCCGCUAUGAGCCAGGGAAGUCCGGGGGACUGGGUCCCCCUGGAACCCACCUCCGCAUCCUCAGCGCCCCCCAACCCGUUCGUGCAUGAGCUACACCUCUCCCGCCUCCAGAGGAUUAAGUUCUGCCUGCUAGGGGCACUACUGGCCCCCAUCCGAGUGCUUCUGGCCUUUAUCGUCCUCUUUCUCCUCUGGCCCUUUGCCUGGCUGCAAGUAGCUGGUCUUUCUGAGGAGCAGCUUCAGGAGCCACUUACUGGAUGGAGGAAGACUGUGUGCCACAACGGGGUGCUGGGCCUCAGCCGCCUGCUCUUUUUCCUCCUGGGCUUCCUCCGGAUUCGUGUUCGGGGCCAGCGGGCCUCUCGCCUCCAAGCCCCUGUCCUUGUUGCCGCCCCCCACUCUACCUUCUUUGACCCCAUUGUUCUUCUGCCCUGUGACCUGCCCAAGGUUGUGUCCCGAGCUGAGAACCUUUCCGUGCCUGUCAUUGGAGCCCUUCUUCGCUUCAACCAAGCCAUCCUCGUAUCCCGGCAUGACCCGGCCUCACGGCGCAGAGUGGUGGAGGAAGUCCGAAGGCGGGCUACCUCAGGAGGCAAGUGGCCCCAGGUACUCUUCUUUCCUGAGGGCACCUGUUCCAAUAAGAAGGCUUUGCUUAAAUUCAAACCAGGAGCCUUCAUCGCAGGGGUUCCUGUGCAGCCCGUCCUCAUCCGCUACCCCAACAGUCUGGACACCACCAGCUGGGCUUGGAGGGGCCCUGGAGUACUCAAAGUCCUCUGGCUCACAGCCUCUCAGCCCUGUAGCAUCGUGGAUGUGGAGUUCCUUCCUGUGUACCACCCCAGCCCAGAGGAGAGCAGGGACCCCACCCUCUAUGCCAACAAUGUCCAGAGGGUUAUGGCACAGGCCCUGGGCAUUCCAGCGACAGAGUGUGAGUUUGUAGGAAGCUUGCCCGUGAUCGUGGUGGGCCGGCUGAAGGUAGCAUUGGAACCGCAACUCUGGGAACUGGGAAAGAUUCUUCGCAAGGCUGGGCUGUCCCUUGGCUAUGUGGACGCUGGGUCAGAGCCAGGCCGGAGUCGAAUGAUCAACCAGGAAGAGUUUGCCAGGCAGCUACAGCUCUCUGACCCUCCGUCCGUGGCUAGUGCCUUUAGCUACUUCCAGAAGGAUGCCAACGGUUUGGUGGACUCCCGAGAUGUGGCCCUUGCAUUGGCAGCUCUGGAUGGGGACACAGGCCUAGAGGAGCUGACACGCCUGGCCUUUGAGCUGUUUGCCGAGGAGCAAGCAGAGGGGCCCAGCCGCUUACUGUACAAAGACGGCUUCAGCACCAUCCUGCACCUGCUGCUGGGGUCGCCCCGCCCUGCUGCCGAGACCCUGCAUGCCGACCUGUGCCAGGCAGGACCCCACCAAGGCCUCUCCCUCUGUCAGUUCCAGGACUUCUCCCUCUGUGACCCGAUCCACAGGAAGCUCUUCAGCACCUACCUGCGCCCCUCCCAGACACCAAAUGCCUCAUCCCCAGGCAGCCCCACUGCCCUGGCCAAUGGGACUGUGCACACGCCCAAGCAUAAGGGCGACUGAGCGCCUCGACAUCCCCCGCUAGCAUCCAGCCCGCAGACUCAGGGCAGCACCAGGGGCCGGCCCUGGGCCUCAAGCCCUCUCUGCUCCUGCUUUUCUGUUACUGUUUUCAAGUUGAUUUCCAUUUUCGUUUGUUUGGGGUUUUUUGUAAGAAACUAUUUUAUAUAUAAAUAUAUAUCUAUAUCUAUUUAAAAAAUAUGAAGCUCAGUCACAUUGAUGGUAUCAUUAGCUGGGAAGGAAAGGGAUUAGUGGUUGUCAGCUGCCCGUGGAACAGUCCUGAAGGUUCCCAAGGCCAGUCCCCUCGGCCGGAGGAUCCUCCUCACCUCUGGCUGGACAGGGUGCUUUUCUGCACGGAGGUCCGGCAGUCUUCGGGGCCUGUUCCUCCUGUUGUUAUGCCCUAGUUAUGCACAUUUUAACAGGCUUACUCAUGAACCUCUUUUCAACCUAUUCCCUCUUGUUCUGUCCUCAUUAGCGAUUAAAAAAUAGCUAAACUACCAUUCCAUAUUUUUUAAUCCUACUGAGAGUGAUGUCUCCUCUCGGCAGCUCAGACCAACCACACAGGAGGGUUCUUCUGCCAUGGGAUGAAUUGGGGACAUUUGAAGUCCCUUCAGUCUCUCUUCAAAGAAGAAAACAAGGUCCCUCCUAAAGAAAGGUGCUGUGUCUAGGCAUAAUUAUGGAAAAUUAGAUUUAGAAAAUUAGAUACCUGUUCCAGGUGGUUUGUUUGUUUCUUUUUUUUUAAAGGGAGGGGAGCCUCUUUCCAUAUAGACUUUUAAAGGGAGACAGAAUGACAGGGUGUCCAGAGAAGCCCUCCCAAAACCAAGUCCUGGCCCUUGAUGAGAGGAGGGAUGAAGUCUCGCUGGGGCUUAUCAGGGAACCUAAAUAAGGCUAAAGGCCGGAAAAGUGUCAAUCUAUAGAAUCCAAGGCCACCCACCUCCUUUCUUUACAGCAUCUUACCCCACUAGGAGCCAAGAAGUGAAUAAAAAUUAGCACAUUGAGAGUAUUUUCCAACAACAAAAAA